GGUGUAAUAUACAACGAUCCCCAGGUUAUAAGUGAACUCCUCAGUGAGUGGUUUUGCAAUGACACCAGAGUGCACCCGACCCCAAAUUUCCAAAUGACCUGCAAAAGUAACCACAAAUUAGGAGAAAUAGAUUUUAAUAUACAAAAUAUAGACUCAGCGAUUAAGACAUUGAAGUCAAAUGGCAGUACUGGAACAGACGACAUACCAUCUGUCAUAUACAAAAAUGGUAGCACGGAAAUGGUAGUCUUGUUACUUAGAAUAUUUACUCUGUCACUGGAAACUGGAACUUAUCCUGAAGUGUGGAAAACCACAUACAUAUUACCUAAGCACAAAGCAGGGGCCAAAACCAGUGCAUGCAACUAUAGACCUAUUAAUAUAACACCGGUAAUAUCACGAAUAAUGGAGAAAGUGGUUAAAGACCAAGUGUCAGACAACUUACUAGAACAUGAACUUAUCAAUCCAUCACAACACGGAUUCCUCAAAAAGAGAUCAUGUGUGACCUGUCACAUAGACUUUUUCAACGAAGUUACACGAAGCAGGGACAACAGAGAACUAGUAAUUGUGCUAUAUUUCGAUAUAACAAAAGCCUUCGAUAGAGUCCCCCAUAAUCUGCUAGUCAGCAGGUUAUGCUCACUAGGGAUAUGUGACCCUCUCCUGAGCUGGAUAAAAUCAUUUCUCUGUGACAGAAGUCAGAUAACAAAAGUUGGCUCGAUAAUCUCAAGGCCUAAACCAGUAAGUAGUGGUGUAAUCCAGGGAAGUGUAUUAGGCCCACUCCUAUUCAUAAUAUAUAUAAACAGUAUCUGUGAAUGCUUUAGUGUUGGUAAACCAAUACUAUAUGCAGAUGACUUAAAAGUGACCUAUAAAUGCAAGAACACAGAUCUCGGAAUAACAGUAAACGCCAUACAGCAAGAAUUAGAAAAAAUGGACAGAUGGUGUGACACCUGGCAACUCCAGUUUAAUGUCGACAAAUGUGGCUGGCUCUGCAUAGGUUGCAACAAUUUAGAACUUGACCUGACAAUUCAAGGCCAUGCACUCUUACGACUGGAAUCUGUAUUGGACCUAGGACUGAAAUACUCACAUGACUUAUCAUUUUCUGAACAUAUCUCCAAACAAGUGUCAAAGUCACGCAGACUUAUCGGCUUUCUACUCAGGAACUUUUACAGAAAUGAGUCCAGAAUUCUGUUGUACAAGGUUUGUGUGCGUCCUUUAUUUGAUUACUGUUCAUUCAUGUAUAGUAGUAUACGCAUAGAGGACAAAUUGAAAGUCGAGGGAGUGCAGAGGUACUUCACGUCAAAAUUACUCGGAACCGAAAAUGGUGCGAACUACUCCACUAGAUGUGACACCCUAGGAUUAGAAACACUAUGGCUAAGACGCCUGAGACUAAACUUAACACUUUACUAUAAGCUUCUAAACCACUUAGUUUUUACCUCUACUAAUGGCAUUCGACUUUCAGAUGACAGUGGCUACAAACUAAGACACACUAAGGGUACAGUAGCUAUCGAACAAUGUAAAACAGCUACCAGGCAAAAGUUUUAUUUGAUUAGGUAUGCACAGAUAUGGAAUAAACUACCAAUGGAAAUGCGUCAAGCAGGUACAUUGGCCUCAUUCAAAAAAGUGCUUAACGACAAACUACACGAGUUUGCAAACGACAGUAGUCCUAGUUCCUAUCUGAGAGCCUCCGAAAUUAUAGGUCCAUUUAAUGUAUAAGCUCAAAUACUACACCUGUUGUUUUUUGCCUAUAUUUAUAAUUUUAGAUAAAACAUUAACGAUUAAGAUACUUACCCUCAAACAGACAAGAAGUUUCGUUUGUAAAACUUCUACCCAACACAAUAAGUGGAAUAAAAUGGACAUAAACCGACAACAUGAAAAAGAUAUAACUCACCACAACAUCACAUGGACAGAUGUACGCUCGUCGGACAUCAUAUAUGCCUCACCAACUACAACCCAACAUUCCUGAGAUAAUGUGAUGAACUUAUAUCCGUAAUGUUGCUGAGCAGUCAAUAUCCACAACUCCUGUCGGAACAACUAAAAUUCAAAAACCUUCCUCACGAGAAGUAAAUACCCACAAGCAGUAGAAAUCCAUUAAUUAAUGCGUCUAAAGCUUAUGUAUUUUACUCCCAACAAUGACAUUGCAGAUCAAAUGAGAUAAACAUAUCACUGAUUUCAAAAUAACACAUCAAUGAACUAUAAUUCAAGGAUUCUGCACACAACAAAGUAUUGUACGAAAAUUGACUUCAAGCUUUAUUUUU